AUGCCCGUUACUCUGGUGUUGGGCUCUCAAUGGGGCGAUGAAGGCAAAGGCAAGCUUGUCGACAUCCUUGCUUCCUCCGCUGAUCUCGUCUGCCGCGCCGCGGGGGGCAAUAAUGCUGGCCAUACCAUCGUGGUCAACGAUGUGACAUAUGACUUCCACAUCCUCCCCUCUGGCCUCAUCAACCCCUCCUGCCAAAUCAACCUCAUCGGCACCGGUUGUGUCGUGCACAUCCCCAGCUUUUUCAAAGAACUGAAGGGGCUGGAAGAGAAAGGCCUGCAGGGCGUGCGGGAGCGCAUUCUGAUCUCAGACCGUGCUCAUGUAUGUUUCGACUUGCACGGCGUCGUGGAUGGUAUCUCCGAAGAUAAAUUCAAGAAUCUCGAUGGCGGAAAGAACAUGAUCGGCACUACUCGCAAGGGCAUUGGCCCAUGUUACAGCGACAAGGUCGCCCGCAGAGGUGUGACUUUUUGGAUGCUCGUCAACGAACAACAGCGUUGGGAGAGGCGCCUGCGAGAUCUCGAAGCGAACUACCGCAAACUCUACGGCGACGCAGCACUGCAGGGUUACAACCUGGAAGAAGAGAUCGAAAAGUUGCGCGGAUAUCGGGAAGAGUUGCAGCAAUACGUCGUCGAUCAGACACCUUUACUGGCACAGGCGGUCGGGACAAAGGGAAUGGCUACGGCGAAUUCGAACGGCGCCAGUGCUCGCCAGCCCAACAUCUUGAUCGAGGGUGCUAACGCACUCCUUCUAGACAUCGAUCACGGCACCUAUCCUUACGUCACGUCCAGCAAUACUGGCCUUGGCGGAGUCUUCACCGGCCUUGCUGGCCUCUCUCCCCAAUCCCUCUCUGCGCCAGGAAGCAACAUUGUCGGUGUGGUAAAGGCGUACACCUCCCGCGUCGGCGCCGGCCCCUUUCCCACAGAACUCAACGCCGCAAUCUCCCCCAAGGACGCCGAAUACGGUGAGCGUCUACAGGAGGUCGGCCGCGAAUGGGGCGUUACGACAGGCCGCAAGCGCCGAUGCGGCUGGUUCGACCUCGUCCUGGUCAAAUACUCUGCGGCCGUGAACUGCUACACACAACUCAACCUAACGAAACUCGACGUCCUAGACGGCUUUGAAGAAAUCCGCGUGGCGACGGGUUACAAGGUGAACGGUCAGACACUGCCAGGCUUUCCAGCGGACCUGGACGUCAUGGAGGAGAUGGAGGUAGAAUAUAAGACCUUCAAGGGGUGGAUGACUCAGACGACGGGAUGCAAGACGUUCGAAGAUCUGCCGGACCAGGCGAGGGAAUAUAUCGAAUUCAUCGAGAGGGAGGUCGGAGUGCCCAUCAAGUGGAUUGGCACAGGCCCGAGGAGGGAGGAUAUGUGUUUCCGCUAA